UUCUGCAAUUCAUGGCAUUUUGUUUGAAUUUGUUACUUAUUUGAAGUAUUUUAUGUAAAUGGAAAUGUAGAUACAAAUGCAAUUGAAGAUUCAACAUUUAUUAUAUAUCGCAUGUUGAGAGAAGUUUUAUAAGAAUUUUUUAACGGGUUUCGAAUAAGCCGCCUGACGAUGAUUAAAACGUUUGACGCAUGUUGAACGAAUAAUAACCGGUUUCAUUAGUCAUUUCAAGUUUAAAAGAGUUAAAGACAGAUAUAUUUCUAGUAAAAAUGGGUGAAGAGAAGGAAAAAGAAUUUCGCGAAAAUCAGUGGAUGGUAAGACCGUGUGUGGUAUAUAAAGAUGAAUACGACGAUUGUACCAGUAUAAGAGCUCGUUUCAAUCAGUACUUUAUAUUCGGCCAAAUGCUGGACUGUAAUCAGUGGAACACUGAUUAUCGUAACUGUUAUCAAUGGCGAAAAUACAAUUCGGACGAAGCAUAUAACGAGUUGAUUAAAAGCGAAAAGCAACGCAGAUUAAAACGGUUACGUGCACAUUAUGCAAAUGAUGUUUGGGAGAAAAGAGAAAAGCCACCAGAAAACUGGAAUGCUCCUUUGCCAGAAUGGAUGCAGAAAGACUUUCAAAACUCGUACCUACAUAUAAGAAAUGAGGAAAUGAAAGAGGGCAAGGAGGUCUCCGCUCUUGACUCGAGGUGUACUAUAUUGUAACAAUAUGCUGUGGAUUCGAUUACUUUAAAAUUAGGUGUCUUAUUGCGAGAUGCAAUCGAAGGAAGAAUGAAAACGAUCCUGACCAAGCACUCUCCUGUGAUGCACUCCUGAAAAGUCCUUUCUCACACUAAAAUGGAAAUUCCUGUCAUUGCGUCGAGAGAGAGAAAACAAUUGAGAUGCAUUUUCCGCGAGACAAUAUUUCUUUUCACGUCAAAACACACACGCAGCUGCGGAACGAGUGCGAUACGCACUACCACACACGUGUGAUGUUUGUUCCUCUAUCUGGUGAGCAAUGGUGUUACGAAUGAAUGCAACAUGCGUCGAUAACAUCGCAGGUGAAGUGA